CUCGCGCAGUAUAUUAAUCGUCAUCCUUUCAUAGGAUUUUACCUUACCGCCAAAGAAACCCACCACAUAUCAACACCCGUCCAUGCAUCCUCACUCCGCAUUAUCACCGCUGUCUAGCCAGUCACCUCUGCAUCCAGACGGUAUCAUGACAACCCAAUGGUACGAAAAGCAUCUCAACGUGUACCCUAGCGUGGUCGUUGGGUUUUAUGACUUGUGGGAUUGGAGUAUGGAAGCUGGUACUCCUCAGCGCCCGAAGCGGGAAGUCGGCCCUCUGGCUGGCCAAGCGCUUGCUGACCCAGUGGAGAGAGAGCGAGAUGCCGCCAUGGCUCAUGGUAUCAAUGAGAAACGUAAAUACUUCCACGAAAGGGGAGUCAAGUAUGCUGCCGUCAUUAUAUUGAAUCCUCGGCAUAUUGAUGACCCUGCUAUCGAGGAUCGACUUGCAGCUCUUCGCAAACUAUCUGGACUCGAUUCCAAAAAUUCCUUGUUUGUCUUACCUGUAUCUACGCAAACGGACGCAAAUGAAUUUAUAAACAACCUGUUUAGAUCUCUUUAUGAACCUGCACAAGUAUACUACAGUAAUCAUGUCAAGAGAGUUAGAAAAAAGUUGGCUCGACUUCCAAGUCCCUCUGUUGCAAUUCGACAAGUUACACCACAAACAGCAGACGGACCUCAGCCGCUUUCUGUACCUGGCUGGCUAGUGCGAUACGAAUACAAGUUGGGAGUGUUUCAGGAGUUCCGGCAAGACAUUCAAGGCUCUUUAAAAUCAUAUGAUGCUGCUUAUAAUAUGCUUUUGAACAUGCUGCAGCCAAGCACUGGUGACGGAAGCCUGAAGCCCAGAUCAAAGCGAUGGAAGGAAGCUUGUAUACUUGCAGACUGCAUGAACAUCAAGAUUUGCAGAUUCUUCCUGUUUCAAGACAAUGCGUCAAUGGCCCUGGCCCAAUUGAACAAACACCUACAUGCGUUCCAACUUUUCUCUAAUGAAUGGCACAUGGGUGAACGAUCAUUUGAAUAUUGGUCUUGGUUAUCUAAGCAAUACCGCGUGUUUGCAGAGCAAAUCGAUAUCGCUACAAGACAUGGCUUUAAAUUACCUGUACCGUUACCUGUUCAAUCAAGUGUUGGAUCUCCGCCUUUGGGCUCCAGCCCUUUCCUCGGCUCUAGUGGAUAUGCUAACCAGGCAGAAGGUGGUAGUAAUCCCGGAGAGUUACUUCAACAUGCUGGCUUUUACUUCCACCUUGCCGCCAUGUGUAGUGCUGAACGCCGACGUCGUUAUAUGGAAAUGGAGAAAUGGAAGGAUUCAGAGGCAAAGACCGACGAUCUUAUUUAUCGAUCUGCAAUGGCCGCUCUGCCAGAAGAAGAACAGGUUGAUCAUUCUGCAUUGACUAUCGAGCUCCUCACUAAAGGCUAUGAACAGUUCAAAAAGCACCGCAAUACUAGGAUGACAUUGUACUUAGCUGCUGAAAUUGCUGGCACUUAUUACGAAGCUGGAAAAUUCGAAAUGGCACUCAAAUUUUUUGAACGAAUUGGCAAAACGUACCGAAAAGAAAGUUGGCAUACCGUUCUCACGUCCAUUUUACGGUGGUCAUUGCGCUGUGCGAAGGAACUCGGUAUGACCACAAGUGUAGUGGGAUAUCUCGUCGAAUUGCUUUGCGAUAAUCUACCUAUGAGCCAAGAUAAGCGAAGCGAACUUCAGAACGACUUGCAAUCGACCCUCACUCAUGGAUCUUUGACGGAUGACGAUAACCAAGAGCCACUCAUCGUGCGUAUGGAUGAUAUCAACUCCUUCCUGACAUGCCAUGUCCAAUUUGAAAAGUCCUCUGGCUUCGUCAAUCAGCCAAUUCAUUUUCAAAUUAGUCUUAGCACCAAUAAGUCAUCCCCACCUCAACCCAUUGUCUUCCGUUCCCUUCGUAUCAUCUUUAAUAACGAACGAUGGAACCAGGUAUACGUUAACGAUGAGGGCGACAACGAUGACAAGGAUUAUUCAUAUUAUGACUGUACUAAUAGCGAGUAUGACUCGACUGAAAAGCGUUGGAACGCCAACGCUGGGCUACAAUUUCGACAUGGCCAAAGCAAAGUGUUCGAAGGCACAGUCACUUUGGAUCACAGCGAGAAUUUAAAGAUGGAAACGGUGAUGCUAGAGCUAAACUCCUCUGGCCGCCAAGUAUUCUUAUGCUUUGAUAUAGCCAAUAGAAUCCAGGAUACUCGCUCAGCUGGAAGGAGGAAAUGGCACAAUGUUGAAUCCCCGAAACCAACUUUCUUGCAAGGAAGAGGCGAAAUAUCUGCUGCAGAUAUCUCCCAACAACCAUCUAAGCUCACCAUUACUAAUAAGCACUACGCACCUGCGCUGGUGGAUGAACAUUAUCCGUUCUUUAUAACUUUAACAAACGAAGAGUCUACACCUGUGGAUGCUGUCAUCAGGGUAGAAAUCAAAGCCACUGAGACUCAAGAUCUCGGAGACAAGCUGAAAUUGGCCCCUACCGACGACGAUGCAUCGGCUACAUCUAUUCUGGAUAUCGACGUUGGGCAAAUCGAAGGCAAUGGAAGCAAAGAGCAGAUAUUGUAUAUCAUUGGCCGCACUACUCCACUGACACGACUGUUAAACAUAUCUGUCCGAUAUAAGCCAUCGUCAUCCAAUCAGGAACCUUACUUUGAAAAGCAUGAAAUGGUGAAAAUCCAUUAUAACAAGGCGUUCGAGGUCAAAUUUCACAGCCAUGAGCAGCACACUGAAUACAAGGAUGCAGCCACAUUUCCCCCUAGCCUCGAGGAGAAGGAGCGUUUAUUGGUCAUUGCAGCUGUGCGCUGCACUUCACCCUGGAAUUUACAAGUUGUCAGCAUGGAGAUGGAACAGGAUCAACAACCUUCACAUGGUUAUAUCCAAGUACAAGCAAUGCCAAAAGCACGAGGAGAAGACGUCAAAGAAUGGAAGAAGGAUCAAGUUUUCAACAGUAAUCACCUCUUUGAAUUGACCACUCGAGACCGCACAGCACCCAAGACCGCAGCCGACUUUGGAGCACUGGUCAUAACGUGGCGGCGGGUCAGUAACAUUCAUGAGGAAAUGCCUCUUUGUCAAACAAGCAUUCCCUUUCCUCCAUUUUCUUUUUCGUCCACGGAGAUCCGUGUUCAUCGCGGUAAGUCCAUGGGGUUUUCUAACUGAAAUUAGUAGAACCAAUUUCUGCUCAGCACGAUCGAUUAUACUCAACUUGGUUAUGCACCUGGCACGUUUUCUUUCUUAGAUCAUCCGAGCGAAUUAUACAUUGGGGAGCCCUUCGUCCUUUCAUAUACCAUUACCAAUCCUACAGCCCAAUUUGCCGAACUUCAGGCACAAAUCGAAGUCAGUGACGCGUUCGUGUUUUCUGGUUACAAACAAACCAAAUUCCGCGUCCUCCCGUAUUCUUCACAGACUUUCAAAUACCAUUGCCAUCCAAUACUAGCUGGCCAUGUACGACUUCCUAGACUUAAAGUAGAUAUUAGCAACAAUGGUGAGGUGCCAGCAACGGCAGAUGCCAUCGUUUACGUGAAACCCCGAAGGCAGCAGCAAUAAAUACUUGUGUCACCAUGCGUUCCUUGUUCUCCGAUGACAAACUUUUCUCUCCAUUA